GCAUUGAGCGGAUAGAAGGUGGCUAAGAGUACCGUGAGAAAAUGGAACCUGUCGACCAUAGUGAGUGAAUUUAAGGUGCAAGCAUGUGCUGGAGAAUUGCCACGAUUUACAUAAUGGCUCACCUCUCGAGCAUUCGUGCUGAUAUGGAUUAUAUGGCUCUUCUUUCGGAAACAUUGCGCACCCGUUAUCUGCUUGGAUGUACGGCUUCCUCUUCGGCGACAUCCGUUCCUCUGACCCUUCGCUGCCCUCCCGGUACGACAAUAAGCGUCACCCUUGCGCACUACACAGACAAUCCAACAGCCUCCUUGGGCAUUCUAGAAGUUCCUCAAUGUCCGCUGCCGGUUAUCACACCUGAUCAAAUAUUCAGCCUAAAUUGUACCAGCAACGUGCAGACAAAGUGGAGGGACGUCGACCACGGAUCAUGGGGAAGGUACUCGCUGCUGCAGACGGUCGUCGAGGCUUGCCAGAAGAAGAGACAGUGUCGAGUCUUGACGGGCGAUGAAAAUGAACGAGAUCCCUGCCUUCUACACGCUCGUCUACGUCGGCCCCGACUCGUGGAGCUCGCCUAUAAAUGUCGCCCCUACGAGUUUCGGAGCAAACUAUCAUGCGCCGGUGAGAAAGUCUCGUUAUCCUGCAACCCCGGAAGCCGAGUUGCCGUAUACAGUGGAUUUUACGGCAGGACUGAAUACGAAAAUCUUCACUGCCCUCAGCCGCCUGGCGUUCCGGAGGAAACCUGUGUCAGCGAGGGAGGAACGAGAACUGUGAUGAGAGCUUGUCACGGACGGAGAAGCUGCGUGCUAACCACGAGUCCAAAAUUGUUCAUUCGUCCAGCGACCGCGAAUCCGUGCAAGCAUUCGAACACAAAGCCUUAUCUCUACGUUGUCUACACUUGCGUUCCCAGGAAGGUCCUCGCCGAGGAAUACGAAAUGCCUCUGCUGCCCGACGAGGACGAACACCUCCAGGAGGCGGAUGUCCUCGAGGAGGGCUUUGACAAGGCUGACUUCAAAGCUGCCUUCAGCCCCAGCCCGAAUCUGGUUGGACCGCUUUCCGACACCGUGAACUCGACAUCGCGGACUCCGCAGCCUCCGCCACCCCUGACCAAGGAGGGUGCGGGUUUUGGCGGCUCAAAAGACGAAGGCAUGUUCUACGUCUGGGUUGGCCUCUGCUCGGGUGUCCUGUUGACGCUGAGUGCUGUUCUGGCAAGGGUUGUCGUUCAGCAGUUGAACUCCGGACGUCCCCUCACCCCCGACACACCGCCGAGGACAAAAUUCCCAGCCGACUUGGCUGCGAUCGAGGCUGAGGUCGACCUGACAACGACGACGCUUCCGAUCACAACGAAAAAAAGCGUGCCUCACGUCGUAGAAGACACCAUGACGUUUAACGCCGCGGAAAAUCGGUACCCGUUGCGACCUAUUUCGACAACGCACCGGGGACUCAUGGAGACGUCUUUGGUGACGACGAAUGACCUGGUCGAAGCUUCCCUCCGGAAUGGUCAAAACCUUUGUUGUCCUGCGUGACGUCAGGGCGGUGGUCGCCUGUCCGACUUUCGCGUGACCGCCUCGCCAUCGCCAUCGACUCUGGGCAGUACUCGUUGCCAUUUAGAAGACGGCCGCUACUCAGCUGGAAUCGGGCGCCCCGAUGACAACAGACCGAGGCCAAAGGUCAGGUCAUCUGACGUCAUUGGUCAGCCUAAAUCAUGCACGAGGAUGUACUGUUUUUAAAAGUGCACUGAUCAAUCUCCUCGAUUCAGAACGGACUAUAUUGAAACUUGAAAUGUAUUUUAAAUGACGUGAGCAUGUUUUACGCGUUUUUCCAUGCGUGUUUUCCGUACACAAAGUACCCAUUUCUAUGAC